UAUUGUUGAUCAAAAAGUAAAAAUAACAAGUUUAAAGUGACGUAUUGUAAUAGUAGUGUUGGAUCGCGUCGAGUCACCACCGUGUCGGCAUUGUCAACUCAGACGAAGCUCCAACAGUUUACACAGACAGUGUAAUGGAAAACGCCGACGCUUCCUCUGGUUUACACGACUUCCUCGAGCGCAUGCGCCAACCCGCCGCCGCCGAUUUCGUCAAAGCUAUCAAAAGUUUCAUAGUUUCGUUUUCAAAUCAUGGACCCGAUCCUGAGAGAGACAGUGAUGCCGUACAAGACUUUCUUGCUAAUAUGGAAGCUGCUUUCAAAGCUCAUCCCCUUUGGGCCGGUUGCUCUGAUGAUGAACUCGAAAGUGCCGGCGAAGGUCUCGAGAAGUACGUUAUGACAAAGUUGUUUCCCCGUGUAUUUGCUUCAGUUCCAGAUGAUGUAAAACUUGAUGAACAACUUUCAGAGAAGAUGGCUUUGAUUCAACAGUUUAUUCGACCAGAAAAUUUGGACAUCAAGCCACCAUUUCAGAACGAAACAUCAUGGUUGCUUGCUCAGAAAGAAUUACAGAAGAUCAACAUGUACAAGGCACCAAGAGACAAACUUACUUGUAUUCUAAACUGUUGCAAGGUUAUUGGUAACUUGCUGCUUAAUGCUUCUCUUGCUUCCAAAGAUAAUCCUCCUGGAGCUGAUGAAUUUCUUCCUGUGCUAAUCUAUGUUACCCUAAAGGCAAACCCUCCACAACUGCACUCAAAUCUACUGUACAUACAAAGGUUUAGACGCCAAUCUCGUUUGGUUGGGGAAGCAUCAUAUUAUUUUACAAACAUGCUCUCUGCCGAAUCCUUCAUCUCAAACAUUGAUGCAAAUGCCAUUUCGAUGGAUGAAACUGAGUUUGAGAGAAACAUGGAAUUUGCUCGUGCUCUUCUUUCAGGGCUUUCAGUUGAUACGCAAGAUCCCAAUUCACCUUAUCAAAAUCAUGUACAGCAUGACAAAAAUAAAGCUCCAUCAUCUGAUGCAAAAUUAGAAAGUAAGAAAGUGACUUUUGCAAGUGAAUCAUCGAUCGCAAAAGUUCCAUCACUCUCAGAUUUGGAGAAUAAAGGGGCAUGUAUGAUAAUUAAGGAGGAUAAGUUGAAUGAUGUUUUCAGGGAGUUUCCAUAUAUGUUUGCUAGUGUAGGUGAUCUUACAGUAAGUGAUGUCGAAGACCUGCUAAAGAAUUACAAACGAUUAGUUUCCAAGUAUGUGUGUCUUUCCAAAGGGUUAGGUGUCUCUUCUUCAUCUCAUCAUCCAUCCAAUCCUCAAAAUAAUGCUCAGCAGGACCAUGUUGAAACCCUUUCCAAAGGGUUAGCCUCCUCUUCUUCCUCUCAUCAUCCAUCCAAUCCUCAAAAUAAUGCUCAGGGCCAUGUUGAGAGUGAGACCACAAUAGAUUCUUCAGACAAUGGACCUGUAGCUUCCAACGAAAAAUCAGAAAAAUCUCUUGAUACAUCAGAGGAUAACUCAGAUCCUGAGGAGAAAAAAAGUGAUUCAGGUUUGCCACAGGAUGAGGCAGCUGCACCAGAGGGUGGUGCCCCCUCUUAACCGAUAGGAACUAGCUACAAUAGUUUUUUUUUCCCAUCAUAUACCCCUCAUUUUUUUUUCUUCACUUGUGCUGAUGUAAAUUUAUUUUAGAUUUCCUCUUGUGUGGUAACUGUCCCUUUGAUAGAAAUGGCAAUGCCAUGACCACUAUCACUAUGUCAUCUCCUCUGUAACAUUAUUCUUAAACAGAUUUUAUAAUUGCUACAAGAGAAAUUUUGAAUUUGGUUUUGCAA